UAUUUUUGGCAGAGCAGCCAGUUAACUUCUGGGCGUAGUAACUACGGAGUAAAUUAUCGACCUUUCGACAUUAUCCAAAUCAUACUAACCUCGGCCCUGAAAAGUCAUCAUAGUAAUUAAAUAUUCAGCUUCUCUGGUGUGUUUUAUGGUCCAAUUACAAGCGCCAUUUUAUUAAGUUUGGCCAAUAGCGUUAAUUUCAUUUCAACCAAUGAUAGCGCGCAUUAGCGAUAGUGACUGGUUAAGAGGCCCGCCGCAGAACUGCACAAAUUGUUGCCUGUUAUGAUCCUGGUCAGAGCAGCGCCUGAAGUAGCGUCUCCCAGAAUAUAUCAUUACGCAGUGAAUUUAUCAUACACAGAUAUCACGAGUGCAGUAAACUCAACCAUAUACUGCACUAGUUUCAAUUUCGUUUCCACGAUCAUUAACGGCCACUACGUGCGAAAUGGGUGAAAUCGGAGAGUAUUGGGAAGAGAACAGAGCGUACAAGAAACGCAAGUUGGAACGCCGGAAAAAUAACCCUCCAAAACAGCGAUGCUUCGAUUGGAUGAUUACUAGCGGCAUCAGCUAUGCCAAAAACCGAUCCUCCUUCAAAACAUACCGUCAUAUUAGACCAGUGACACUAGCUUCUGGCACUGGCGCACGUGUUAUCGGUGUUGGAAGUGUUGAGUUAAAGGUUCCAAGGUCUCCAGAUAACCCAGAGGUUAAUACACUCGUACUGGACGAUGUUUUACAUAUCCCUGGUGCCAUUUGCAAUGGAUUUAGCCCCCAGCUACUUGGGGGCUCUACAUCUUUUGGAGAACCCCUUCAGGGAUACGACGAUGAUAAUCAACCAUCUUACUAUGCUACUACCUUCUGUGGAUUAUGGAGACUUGUACUCAACGGAAAUCCUGAGGGAGAAACUCAGCUGGCUGAAGCCCGGAAAAAUGGUUCAAUCUUUACUUUAAGCGUAUAUAUUAACGAGGAAGAUGAGGAGCAUAUAUUCGGCAAUUAGUCCCAAUGCAAAUACAGUGGUUGAUCUACCUUUCAUUCGUUUGAUCGACUAGUCAAGUCUGAGACUACAUAUCUGCUUGCGUCUUUCAACUUCGCAUAGAUAUGCUAUGUCCCAGUGCCUGAAGCCGCUACUAGCCUCUCAAGUUCUUAUGAGUAUACCUACACCCACCCGAGUUACCCUACCCCCAUUAGAUGGCCGUGCCAUUAUGGCCCAUCAUUCAAAUUCCCCCCCUUCCUGAAUGUGUUGGCCGUGGAUUCUCAUAGAAUACCCAUUUCGUUACUCGGCAAAUUUUUUGCCAAAAAUAUAUAACUAGCUAUCCUCGCCAAUCAGCCGGCUUUUCUUUUUGUCUCGACAGUUUGAUAUUUCUACACGCGGUGACUUGUGAAUUUGCCUUCUACAUUCACUGCUGUUUGCGCAAGUAGACAAUAAACGCUCGAGAUGGCGACCUGAGGUUUAUACGAGAAUAAAGAGGCUGAAAAUAUUGUUGAAAAGUAGCUGCAACUUUAUGAAUAGAUACACGCCACCCAUAACUCAAGCAUUACAGGUCAAAAAAAAUUGUGUUGCUUGAAACAAGUUGCCAUCCUGAGAUGGCCUCUGCGGCUGAUAUAAACUGAUGUUGGAUAAUCGUACUUUUAGUAGGUAGGCCCACCUUUCACUAUUUAUCCCAGAUUCUGUUCAUACAGUAAGGCAUGCGCGCCUAUUCUUUACAGCACACCUUUAUCGGCAUAGUAUUCAAGCGGCUCGGCCCGCAAAUUGUGGGGAACGCGCCAAAGAUUCCUUCUCGAGUCACCUUUCAACUUGCUGCCUUGAAGUUCAUUUAAAAAUGAAAGAUGAAAUAAACAUUGGUUAUUUUAGGCACUCUUGAAAGAGAAAUGGGAGUUUAUUGUAUCUCAUUCACGGUAUAGCAUUGCUUAAUCCUUGAGGUAGGUGACUUCCGUAACCAGUGGACAGAUAAUCCGUAGUUGUACUUGUAUGUGAAGAGCAGGAUAUGAUUCCUUUAGAAUAGAAGAAUUUUAAACCAAAUUAAAGCAUAAUUAAUUUAUCGAAGGAAAAUUAACUAAAUAUUUUGGGUGCCCCAGGCAGACGUCAGGCGUGCGAGAAGACAAUUCUGACCAGGCGUCACUCC